GCGGAAGAUGAAAAAGAAGCGACCAGACGAAAAGUGACACGUUUGAUGCACGGUAUGGAGAAUGCAAUGGACGAUGACGAUGAUGAUGAAAUUGAGCAACAGCUGAAUAGCAUGAUGAAGGGCAAACGUCGUGUGGUUGAGGGACAAAGUUUUGCUGGAUCGAGCUCCGGUGGAGGGGCUCGUGCUAUGGCAGCUAAAAUUGCCGAAGCGAAACAGCUUGGUGUCACGGCACCUGUUGAAAAAGAUGCUGCAUCGUUAACGGCUGAAGCGGUGAUGCGUGGCAGUGAUGCGGCUCCAAUUGCUCUUUCGGUAAGUGUUGCAUUUUUGCAAUUGGGAAAUUAA